GGCACUUCUCAGUAUCGGCUAAUCUAUGAAAAGGCAUGUCACUUUCCUGUCGAGCUAGAGCACAAGGCCUUUUGGUCCCUUAAGCCGUUAAGCUUGUAUAUAAGCCUUGCAGGUGCUGAACGCAAGAUGCAGAUGUUGGAGCUGCAGGAAUGGUGUUACCACACCUACGAGAACACCUUGUUGUAUAAUGAGCGGACUAAGCAUCUCCCCGAUGCUCGAUUGUGGGCCCCGAAGGAGUUUCAGGUUGGCGAUCGAGUUCUUCUUUAUAACCCUCGCCUGAAACUCUUUCCUGCAAAGCACCGCUCUAGAUGUUCGAAACCGUUCACGAUCACGAAGGUGUUCCUUUAUGGCACUAUUGAGAUUUCCAACCCGCAAACUGAGCCUUUUAAAGUGAAUGGAAACCGCUUCAAGUUGUAUCUUGAAGGCAAGGUCGAACGAGUGGAGUUGAUGGUUGAACUCGUGGACCCUUAGUUCCACUGGUUGCGUCUAGCUAAAGACGUAAAAGAAAGCGCUUGUGGGGAGGCAACUCCACCAUGUUUUGCAUUUCUUGUACCUUUUCUUUUGAUUUUUGUCUUAUUUGUUUCAUUGUUAUCGUUUCAAAGGAGUUGGCUACCUCGUUUUGGUGAAAAAAAUGGAUGAAACACUGUUCUGGCACCCUGCACGGCCAGGUCACUAAACGGUACGGCCGCUUUUUGCGCAGCCCUGGCUGUGUGAACUUUCUAGAAAACUUGUACAGACAAGGCGGCUCGUUGCACGACCACGUGAAUUUCUCGGCCAGCCCGUACGGAAUUAUCGGCCAAAACGGUAUGGUUGCGUUUUGCGCAAUCCUGGCCGUGUGGAGUUUUUAGAAAACCCGUAUGGGCAAGGCUGCUCAUUGCACGGCUGCGUAGAUUCCUUGGCCAUCCCGUACGGAAUCCUCGGCCGCAUACGAACAAAUUUCUCGUCUGCACGGUCGUAUGCGCUGCCCGUGCAGCGCAACCUGUUGCCUAUAAAUGAGACCCUGUACG